GCCAUGCGUUCGUUGUUAGUAUCUGCACUUAUUUGUGUUUUUCACUUAAAUGCUAUUUCAAGCCACGCUGUGUUUACAAAUGUGGCAUACUCAAAGCCAGUAACUUUAAGUUCUAGAUUUAAAAAACACCCAGAAUCAAACGUUGUCAACGGUCUGUUAUCUGACUAUACUCACACUUCGGCAGAGAAAUUUCCUUGGCUUAGGAUAGAUCUGAGAGCAAGGUUCAAAAUACGUUUAAUAGAAGUGUUUGCAAGAUCUGGUUGUUGUGGUAAUCAGUUACACGAUUUUGAUAUCAGAGUUGGAGAGAACAUUCACGACAUGCAUUUCUGUGGACAUUUUACGGGGCAUGCGUUCACUGGUCAGCGGAUUGCAACAUUUUGUCCCCAUAACACAGUGGGACGUUAUGUAGAGUUACAGAUCGUCAGCGGAAAUGUCAACUACUUGACUCCUGCAGAAGUUCUUGUGUGGGGUGUUCGUGUAAAACAUUAAAGAAACUCUGUAAAGUAACAUUUUGCUUUUAAUCCUAAUAAAAGAAAAUAUAUGUAUAUUUAUAAAAGAAACAGGUAACUCGUGUUCAAAUGUUGUUGUUAUAUUCAAUCUUUGAUUGGCCGUUUAAGUUACUCAGGCGUAUCAAAAGUU